AUGAGAACUGAUUCCAAGACAGGUGGUUUCCUUACACUGCUCAAUGGCUCUCCAAACGACUGGACGGUGAGCAGCCAACACUCCUAUCAAAUGGAUCAGUGGGACUGGCCCACGGUCAAAGCUGGCACCGCUGCGCAGGUAUACGUGGAGUGGGGUCAGAAAGGCAAUCAGAAAGACGAUGGAGGCGAGGCCUACUACAGCAUUGAUGGUACAUCGGACACGUUCCAGGUCAUCGGAAAGAAACCAGACGACUUCCACCUUACUAUCAAUCUGGAUAACAUGGCAACCAAGCAAAGUCCAAAGGGGUCGAGCGUUGAUCUGGGUUUCCGUCACGACCAUGCAGUGGACUUCAUCGUAAGCACGGAUGAGCUUGGUGAUUGGUGGUCAAAUGCAGGGGAUCUCACCGACUGGAUGCAACAAAGUCUUGGGACCCUUGGGAACAGGACGCUGAAGCAAAUCUGCAUGCCGGGUUCGCACGACGCUGGCAUGAGCUCGUUCGAUGCAGGCACUAUCGGCGCCCACUGGACCAACAGCCAGACUCAGCUCCUCAACUUCUACGACCAGCUCGUGGCUGGAUCGCGAUACUUUGACUUGCGGCCUGUAAUAUCUGGUGGAGAAUUCAAAGCAGGGCACUAUUCCGAGCUCGAGGACAUCUGGCUGGGCGGUAACGGAGAAAAGAUCUCAGACAUCAUUAACCAAGUCAACGACUUCACGGCAAAGUACAAGGAACUUGUCAUCAUCAAUUUGAGUCACACACUUGACACGGACAACGACUACAAGGACCUUUCUCAAGAUCAAUGGAACCAGCUUUUCGACCAACUCAAGGCAGUCAACAACCGCUUCACCGCCGAUAACCCCGGAGAUCACGACUUCAGCGGCGACAGCCUCGGGACCUUCAUCACUGAUCGCGCCUCCGUGUUUAUCUUCGCGCAGUUGCCUGACGGCAUCUUGCUCGGUGACUACACAAACCAAGGCUUCUUCAGCCAGAACAACUUCCCAAUCUUCGACUCGUAUGCGAACUCUAACGACGCCGAUAAGAUGAAGAACGACCAGCUCGACAAGCUCAAGGCGGAGCGCAACCUUGUUGCAGAUGACGCGCAGCGCAAAGACAAGUUCCACAUCUUCUCCUGGACGCUCACACAGCAGGCCGAGGAUGUGCUCAAUUUUGACAAGGCGAUCAUGAACUUGGCGGUGUCGGUCUACGACCCAUUGUUUGUCGAUGCAUUCAACGCGUUCACUCCCGAGAGCUUCCCUAACGUGCUGUACGUGGAUGCGGUUGGCGUGCGCGACAAGCCUGCAAACUUCCCCUAUGACAAGCCAGAUGACGUGGGCAGAAACUACGAUAUCAUUAGCUUAGCGAUUGCGAUCAACAAUGCGAAAGCUGGGAAGAAUGUGUACAUCACGGGCUAG